AUGACUGUAUUCCCCACUCUUGGGCUCCUCUUCCUUUGUCAGCUAUUAGCCACCACCUCAGCUCAGAGAGUAGGACCACAAGGCCCUCCUGGACCCCGAGGACCCCCUGGACCAUCUGGCAAGGACGGCAUAGAUGGCGAGCCGGGCCCUCCUGGUUUGCCAGGCCCACCAGGGCCAAAGGGUGCACCAGGAAAGCCUGGAGCAGCUGGUGAAGCUGGAUUGCCUGGCCUUCCUGGAGUAGAUGGUUUAACGGGAACUGAUGGCCCACCUGGCCCAAAUGGGCCUCCGGGAGACCGUGGUGCAUUAGGACCUGCCGGGCCACCUGGACAAGCUGGCAAAGGACUACCAGGACCUCCAGGGCCUCCAGGACCCAGUGGGCUUCCAGGUGGAAAUGGAUUUCGGGGUCCUCCUGGUCCUUAUGGUCUGCCUGGAUUCCCAGGGCCUCCUGGACCACCCGGACCUCCCGGUCUUCCAGGCAUCUUUCCUGAUGGCGGUGGGGACAUCCAGUGCCCAGCUCUGUGCCCACCGGGUCCUCCAGGUCCUCCAGGAAUGCCAGGGUUCAAGGGACACACUGGUCACAAAGGAGAACCUGGUGAAAUAGGAAAAGAAGGAGAGAAGGGCAACCCUGGCCCUCCAGGUCCUCCAGGCAUUCCUGGCAGUGUUGGCCUGCAGGGCCCAAGAGGACUAAGAGGCCUCCCUGGUCCAAUGGGUCCAGCUGGUGAGAGGGGUGACAUUGGUUUCAGAGGGCCACCUGGAAUCCCAGGACCUCCAGGGAAAGCUGGAGACCAAGGAAACAAAGGACCUCAAGGAUUCAGAGGACCCAAAGGUGACACUGGUAGACCUGGACCAAAAGGAAACCCAGGGGCACGUGGACUCAUAGGAGAACCUGGCAUACCCGGCAAGGAUGGACGGGAUGGAGCUCCUGGACUCGAUGGUGAGAAGGGUGAUGCAGCUCGCAUGGGUGCUCCUGGAGAGAAGGGACCAAACGGACUUCCUGGACUGCCUGGAAGAGCAGGUAUUAAAGGCUCAAAGGGUGAACCAGGCAGUCCUGGAGAGAUGGGAGAGGCAGGUCCCUCUGGAGAGCCAGGCAUCCCUGGUGAUGUCGGUAUUCCUGGUGAGAGAGGUCUGCCGGGACCCAGAGGAGCAACUGGCCCGCUUGGUCUCCAAGGCCCGAUGGGAGCCCCUGGUGUCAGAGGUUUCCAGGGUCCUAAAGGUGCCAGCGGGGAACCUGGCCUUCCCGGUCCAACUGGAAUUCGUGGAGAGUUUGGUGACAGGGGCCCUACCGGUGUUACUGGUCCCAAAGGUAACCAGGGCAUUGCUGGAGCAGAUGGCCUCCCAGGUGACAAAGGAGAACUGGGUCCCUUUGGUCCCCCUGGCCAAAAAGGAGAGCCAGGAAAAAGAGGAGAACUUGGUCCCAAAGGUGUCCAGGGACCUAACGGGACAGCUGGAGUUCCAGGGAUUCCAGGACACCCAGGGCCCAUGGGCCAUCAAGGGGAGCAAGGCGUUCCUGGCAUCACAGGAAAACCUGGGCCUCCUGGCAAAGAGGCCAGUGAACAACAUAUAAGAGAACUCUGUGGGGAGAUGAUAAAUGAUCAAAUUGCCCAGUUAGCUGCUAACCUGAGGAAGCCCUUGUCUCCGGGAAUGACGGGUCGGCCUGGCCCGGCUGGGCCCCCAGGGCCUCCUGGGGCUACGGGAAGCGUUGGGCAUCCCGGUGCUCGUGGGCCUCCUGGCUACAGAGGGCCAACAGGAGAGCUUGGGGAUCCUGGUCCCAGAGGUGACACUGGCGAAAAGGGAGAUAAAGGACCCGUUGGACAAGGCAUCGAUGGACCCGACGGCGAUCAAGGACUUCAAGGACUUCCUGGUGUACCUGGAAUUAGUAAAAAUGGUCGUGACGGUGCUCAGGGCGAACCCGGUCUUCCAGGGGAUCCUGGUACUCCUGGUGCUAUUGGGGCUCAGGGAACUCCAGGAAUAUGCGACACAUCGGCUUGCAUGGGAGCUGUUGGAGCAUCGACUUCCAAAAAAUCAUAA